UAAUAUGAAAGUAGUAGUCUGUUUCACUGGUGCGAUUAGCUCUGUUUUCAUGGCGGGCGCCUCAUCACCGGCGAGUUUGAGAGCUUCUCGUAACCGUCAGCUCGGGAAGGAGACGAUUCUUCCCGAUCUAUUGAAAAACCCUAAACUUCCAUUCGCAUUCGCUCUAAUUCUUGCUGAUGCAAUCCUCGUCGGACUUAUUAUCGCCUAUGUUCCAUACACGAAGAUCGAUUGGGAUGCUUACAUGUCACAGGUUAGUGGGUUUCUAGGGGGAGAGAGAGACUAUGGGAACUUGAAAGGCGAUACAGGGCCAUUGGUUUAUCCAGCGGGUUUCCUCUAUCUUUACUCUGCAGUGCAGAACUUAACUGGUGGGCAAGUCUACCCUGCUCAGAUUCUUUUUGGUGUUCUCUACAUUGUCAAUCUGGGGAUCGUCUUGUUCAUCUAUGUCAAGACUGAUGUGGUGCCAUGGUGGGCGCUAUGUCUACUAUGUCUAUCCAAGAGGAUACAUUCAAUCUUUGUUCUCCGUCUCUUUAAUGAUUGUUUUGCCAUGACUCUCCUACAUUCAUCAAUGGCCCUCUUUCUCUAUCGUAAAUGGCAUCUAGGGAUGCUUGUUUUUAGUGGAGCUGUUUCUAUAAAGAUGAAUGUACUUUUGUAUGCUCCACCUUUGUUACUUCUGCUGCUAAAGGCCAUGAAUAUAAUUGGAGUGGUAUCUGCUUUGGCUGGUGCAGCUCUUGUUCAGAUACUCGUGGGAUUGCCCUUUCUGAUGACAUAUCCGGUUUCAUACAUAGCAAACGCCUUUGAUCUUGGACGUGUUUUCAUUCACUUCUGGUCUGUUAACUUCAAAUUUGUUCCAGAACGAGUUUUUGUAUCCAAAGAAUUUGCAGUAUGCUUGCUCAUUGCUCACCUUUGUCUCCUUGCGGCGUUUGCAAAUUAUAAAUGGUGCAAGCAUGAAGGUGGGAUUAUAGGCUUCAUGCGUUCUAGGCAUUUCUUCUUGAUGCUUCCGUCUUCACUCUCGAUCAGUGAUGUCUCAGCCUCACGGAUUCUUACGAAAGAACAUAUCGUCACGACCAUGUUUGUUGGGAAUUUCAUCGGCAUUGUAUGUGCUCGCUCUCUGCACUACCAGUUCUACUCAUGGUACUUCUAUUCACUACCUUAUCUGCUAUGGAGAACACCGUUUCCCACUUGGCUGCGCUUGAUCUUGUUCCUCGGCAUCGAGCUCUGUUGGAACGUGUAUCCAUCAACACCAGCCUCCUCGGGUUUGCUAUUGUGCCUACACUUUAUCAUUCUAGUCGGUCUCUGGUUAGCUCCUUCAGACGAUCCUUACCAGCUCAAAGAAGACCCUAAAUCCCAAAUACACAAAAAGCAUAAGUGAACCUUUUGAUGUUCUUUUUUUUUCUUCUUGUUUCCAAAACUUAGAGAUAAGCUAUAAAAUUAACUGUUAACUUUAAUGUAUGAGUUUUGUAAUCAUGGUGAUUUAUAAAUUGUUUUCUUUUUUUUGGGCAA